AUGCGCGACGCUGCUAGUGACGUAAUCGCGGAAUGGUGCAGUCGAGACUGGCCGCAAGAUCGUGCACUUUCUCGUCUAGUACCUGAGCUGGGACCUAUCCAGACAGAGGCGGAGGCUCUUACUCAUUCAGAGCUUCGGGAGCGCCUGAUAGAACUGGUCACCAACUGGGUGGAUCGAGGGCUGAGUAUAUGUCCAAGAAUGUCAAAGACAUCGAAGACGGGAAUCUUGCAACACGACAGAUGGGUCAUCCAGUCUCGGUGUCCUAAUUAUGCAGAAGAGCAAUGGAGUUGGAAGCAAAGUCAAUCCCAGUGGGCAGUGCGUCCAUUCCAAGAAUCGAGGUUCAAUCGAUAUUAUGAUGCUGUUGUGAAGGAUAAAUUUAGUGAAGUACAAGUCGAUUUCCAGAAAGAACUCAUACAAAUGGAAAAGCAGCAACAAGAAGAUCGAGAUGCGGGAAUACAAAUUCUCACUACCGAGAUUACGACAAUUGAACAACCCGAAACGACUGAGGAUCCACAAUGGACAAAUGAGGACGACAGUAAAUGGUUUUGGGGACCGGGAGGGUCCUUGGAUGAAGCAAUCAAGACUUGGACAAAGAAAGGACUACAGAAAAAACUGAUCGAUGAUUAUGAACAGGAUGGCGUCAAUUACGACUAUGUAUACGACUUUUUCGAAAAUCUCGAUACCCGAGUAAACUACACGCCCUCUAAGCUACUUAAAAUGGAUUGGGUUUGGGGUAAUUGGAACUAUGUAUGGAACGUGAGGGUUUACAGCCAUAGCCGUAAUAGGGCGCUUCUGGUUAACCCUAAUGCUGUUUUGUUCAAAAAAGGAGCAAAACUAUAUAUAACGAAGCUCGAUAACGAGAGUAAAACCGUGGGUGAAUCUGUCAUUGACCUUCCGCGCAAGGCAACGGUCUAUGAGGUUAUUUGCCAGAUCAACUUUUUCUAUGCUAGGGAAAACAAAGCGUCAGGGGGCCUGGGCGAAGCAGGUCGCUACUAUAGUCAUCGUUGGGAUCGCCAUUAUGUGGACUUAAGCCACUUUGAGAAGUAUAAUGAAGAACUCAAUGGAUUAGCGACUAGGGAAUGGGUCCUCGCUCGUCCAAUGGCCAUCAGUGAGCGAUGUCAGGUCAUGGGUAGUCUGCUCUAUCUCGCCGAAGCGAGCCUCACUGGCAAUAACACCGAACCUAGCAGGCGGUAA